AUGGAAGAUGCUCGCAAGGAAAAAAUCCUGAAAGGCAUCCACGCCUAUUUCAAUGCCUUCUACAAGCAUGGAUUGAGUCUCUUGGGUGACACUGAGGUUAUGCCCCUCGAUGUCCAGGAAACGAGGGCCCACCACGAGCAGGAGCUCUUGAAAGGGAUGUACUGGGCGCUGUUUUCUCUCCACCUGCUUUACAACAGGUACAACAUGGCCACCAAGGAACAACUGGAACACAACAGAGCGCAGGCUGAGCGCGAAAGUGAGCAGUCUGAUGCCGAGGACAGUGACCUCGACAUGAGCACCUAUCACUACCCUCCCAUAGAUUUUACGGAACCGCCCGAUGAGGACGAAGAUGAUGCACCAGCAAGAGAUGUUAACGCGUCCGACCUUGCGGCGGCGCUUAACGAGAUGCAGCUGCUGCGCACAAGCAACCGCGUGCUCGGCGGACCUGAACUGGACACUAGCAUACUCAAGGGGAAGGAAGUGGACAUGGUUUUGAGGUUUCUCAAAGUAUGCCAGAGGGAAUUCGUGUACGAUGACUACAUGUUUCUGGGUUUCGCCAACUCCGACGACAGGAGGAGAUUCACGGCUAACGUCACCAGCACACUCAUGGCAAUCAACACCUACAGGGUCAUCGGCGACAAUUUGAGAACGAAAUCAAGCAUCAGUUUCCUCAAACAUAUGUCAUGGAUGUAUCAGUGGGAGGAGAUUCUUUCCUUUUUCAGCUUGCUGUACGUCAAAAACGAAGGAUACUACAGGAAGUGCGUCAUGCCGCAGACAGCACACUGCUCGGAUAUCAGACACACGGCGUCUGCCGUGCUGUCCACCUCUAUGAUCCUCAGGGUCUGCCAACACGCAACUCCCAACAGUAUGAGGAGCGUUGAGGGAUGGGUAAACGUCGAGGAAGUGACUGCGCACGUCCUGAAGCACUUCAACGAUGACGGAGGAGUCGGACUCUCACCCGGCGCGGAAAGUCAUUGCGGAGCGGCAUUUUGUGCACUACUUAUACUAACAAUCUUGGGGAAAAUCAAGGUAAUAGACAGGAACCUCUUGGUCGGCCUCAGAAACUGGCUUGUCAAGCGUCUAGCCAACUUUGGGGGCGUAUCUGGCAGGAUCGGUAAAUGCGAGGACAUGUGCUACUCCUUCUGGAUGCUCGCUGCGCUCGACCUCUUGAACAAGUGCGGAGUUCACUCGCAGAUAUUGAGGGGACGUGAAAUGAUCAGGUUCAUCGAGAAGUGCCAGACUCCCGGGGGAGGAAUAGCCCCGUACCCAUGCGAGCCGGGCGUGACUCCGCAGCCUGACCCCUACCACACGUUCGCGGCGCUCAUGACGAUCGCUUUCAUUGAAGAAGAGAACCAGCAGACGGAUAUGCCACUGCUACAGAUGCUCAUCUGA